AGUGAAAAUGGUAAAGUACAUGCGACAGCACAGCGAGCUGAAACCCGAAGAGGUUCUGUCGGAGUCUGAUGCGUCCAUGGACCAGCAACAUUCCGGAGAAUUGUCCGACUAUUCUCUCAGCGACGUUUUAUACUCCAAAUGUUCCGCAAUGGACCAAAUCGGCACUUUCAUGAAGACCGUGCAAGUGCUGCUCGACGCCGCAAAUUACAUAGAAAAUAUCGAGAAGAGCAACGGAAAAUGUGAGCAUGGUUAUGCUUCAACGUACCCUGCAACCCAGACUGCACACCAACAGAAACAGCGUAAAUUCAAGAACAGGAAAUUGGACAAUAUUCACAAUAGGUCAGCACACAAUGAACUGGAAAAGAAUAGACGAGCACAUCUCCGCCUGUGUUUGGAGAGGUUGAAGUCCCUCAUCCCUCUGGGACCAGACUGCAGUCGGCACACCACACUAGGACUGCUAAACAAGGCCAAAGCACAUAUCAAGAAACUUGAAGAGGUGGACCGGAGGAGUCUGCACCAGCUGGAGACCUUGGAGAGGGAACAGAGGCACCUGCAGAGGCAGCUAUCCCAGCUGCAGACUCAUGGAGACCGGGACCGGGUCCGUACGGACAGCCAGGGCUCCCACAUGGACUCUGACCACUCAGAGUCUGACAGAGAGGAGAUUGAAGUUGAUGUCGAAAGCACUGCGUUCUCCCAUGGAGAAAUGGACAGCGUAAGCACCAGUGGUGUAAGUGACCUGGAUGACAUCAGCAGCCGGCAGAGCUCCGCCAGUGAUGAGGGCUACUCCACAUGCAGUCUAAAACUGGCCUUCUCCGCUUGAAGCACCAGCCUAUAUGUUUACUCCAGCUGCAGUCCUUUAUGGCUCUCACCAGUACCAGCCGAAAGCUCCCAUUCUCCCUUUGCAGUUUAGGUUAACUGCCUUCAUGAGAAGAACCAGCCUCAAUCCCACUAAACAAAAUGUCUACUCCCCCCCUCCCCCCCUGAGAACCAGCCUUAAGUGUCUCCUUCCAAAAGCCAAGGGGCUCCUCUACAUCAGUCUGAAACAUCUUACACCACAGCCUCAAAUUUAACUUCUCUGGCAAUGUACAGUUUCCUCAUUUUCAGAGUUGACUUAACCAAUCACCUGAAUGUCCCUUCACCCAUUACCAGCUUGAAUCAACCAUACCUGCACUCAAACCUGACCCUGUAGAGAGGAACCCACGCACCAGUGUCCAACACUGAAGGGGGGACUCUACCUUUAGUCAAGUUCAUCCUCUGAAACCAGCAAAAACCCUAAAAAAAACAAAACAAUACCAGCUAGUAGCUCACCAUUGUGAACGUUUGCUCCAUUUGCCUUGUAAUAACAUUGCCCUUUUUCUCUGGAUAAUAUAAUCCAGAUGGCACUUCUUGACAGUGUACAAGCCAGUGGCAAGGGCUACGAUGUCUGCAUUCCAAACUGUUUAUCACACUCGUAGACCCUCUGCUUUAAGACCCUCACCCAUCAGCGAUCCAUGUGGCGCCCCGUCUCUCGACUGAAACACAGUUGUAUCCAAACAGGUGGAGCAGUCCACCCUCGUUAUUCUAUUGUAUUUUGCAUAUGAUUAUAGUAUUUAUUUUUGGUAUAUUUAAUUUAACUGUAGCUAAGUAUUUGGUCAUGCUUGAAAGAAAAAAAAAUGUUAGAUUUCUUCACAGUUUUUAAAUAAAUAGUUUACCACAUUACUCGACAUGAAAUUUAACCCCGACUGAAGCAUUUGCAGUGCUGAAGGUUUAAAUGCAUUACUUAAGGUUUUGUCUUUUACAGUGUGUGCAGAUUCAGUUUCAUUAUGACAGUAACAAGCUAUCCCGCACUAAAGCGUCUACUUUAUCACAACUGUAAGGUUGGCUGAGUUCAGCAUACUAUUCUGUCCGUCCAACACCAAAUUGCAGUUUACCAUGUGCCCCGGUAGUGGCAUCAAUUUUAAUAUUCAGUAGGAAAAAAUGAUUGUAAUCGAUUUAAAAAAAAAAAAAUAGCUAUGGUGCAUGUGUAUUGAAUAUAGCUAUCAUGUUGUGAUGUGCUUUGGAUUGACAAGUCUUUAAAAAUGUCUGUAGCAUGAACAUAAACACUACAGAAUACCCAUUUUGAUUUAUACUUCAAUGUUUAAUACUGUAUCGUUUAUGUAUUGUAGCAUAAAAAGAACGCAGUUCAAAUCCUUGACACUUGGAAACUCCCCAGUAAUGAUUAUAUGUAUCUUGGACACAGAAUUGCACUGCUGACCUGUCAGAAUCCAUGAAACCAAAUAAGACAUUUCAAUAGGACCAUUCAAAUGCAUCUUUCUGGUCCAAGUCCUAAGGAGAUCACCACCAAAUUGUGUCUUAACAUGGGUAUAUGACUCUUGCACAAAGUUCCUCGUUACAGGUCGUGCACCCCCCCCACCACCCCCAACCUGUUUGGGAAUCUAUAAAAUGCACUAUGAAAAAGACUUUUAAGGAAGUAUGUCAAAGCACACCCCAGAAUGUUUUCUCUUGUGCUUAAUCAGCCAUCCAAGGUGACUUUUCUGCAAAACAUGCUGCUGGUCCCCUGCUGGUACUCCAUUACAGUUCCUGAAAACUGUCCCAGGCAUCUUAAUAAACCUCUACCGCCCAAGCAUAAGUAAUGUCUUGUUUUUGGG